AUGGUUAAAACAAUCAGGCAAUUAGAUACUACCUACCUUGGCUAUACAGCCCAUACUAUUCAUCUUGCAGUCACAGAUGGUUUAAAAAAAUUUUUAGAAUUGGCUAAAAGUUUGGUAAAUAAUCCUGAUCAUACUAUUCGUGCCGAUGGUAAUAGUCUAAAUGAAAAAAUGCUUACUAAUGAAAAAUGGACAGGUAGUGAUUCAAAUUAA